AAACUUUCGAAUGUUUUUUCAAGGAACAUUAUUAGUUUCAAAUUUUCUGAUAAUGAGAUGACGAAUUAAAUUCAAAAAUAUAUAUGUCGACGUCUCUGCAGUGUUCUUCUCUCUCCAAUUUUGUUUAAUUAAUGGCAUAAACACCGAAUCUAGUAGAUAUAUACACACACAAGGCACGUAUAUGUAUCGAUUCACACACGCAAAACAACACAGAUAUCAACAGAGAAAGAAAGUUCUGAUCUUGUUCCAUCUUCUCUCUCUUUCUCUCCGUUUGGAGUUGCACACACAUGUAUAUGUAUGAAGGCACAUAGUUUACCUGUGUAUAGUUGAGAAUUGAUUAUCAAGAUUCAAUUCUUUCGAAAAAUUGGUGUUUAUCUUGAGUGGAAUUGGGGGUUUAUGUUGGGAUGCAGUGAGAAUUUAGGUGGGAUUGAGGUAUUUGGGGGUUAAUUGAGAGGGAUUGGUGAUGGGGAAUAAAUUGGGGAGGAGGAGGCAGGUGGUGGAUGAGAAGUACACUAGGCCUCAGGGGUUGUACCAGCACAGAGAUGUGGAUCAUAAGAAGCUUCGGAAGCUGAUUCUUGACUCCAAGCUGGCGCCUUGCUACCCUGGUGAUGAUGAUUCUGCCUGUGACCUUGAGGAGUGCCCCAUUUGCUUCUUGUACUAUCCAAGUCUUAAUCGGUCAAGAUGCUGCACGAAAGGCAUUUGUACAGAGUGUUUUUUGCAGAUGAAGACCCCCAAUUCGACGCGGCCUACACAGUGUCCAUUCUGCAAAACCUCAAAUUAUGCUGUGGAAUACCGAGGUGUUAAGACGAAGGAGGAGAAAAGCAUAGAACAACUUGAAGAACAACGAGUCAUUGAGGCCAAAAUAAGGAUGAGGCAUCAAGAGCUUCAGGAUGAAGAAAAGUUUAUGAAACUAAGAGAAGUAAGCUCUUCUAGCAGUAUGAGAGCACCAACUGAGGUUGAAUAUCACUCGACCCAAGCGCCCACUUCUGUUUCUGCUAUAGAAUCUGAGGAAAUUACUGCUUCACAUGAGUCCAGUGAAACUUCAGCAAUAAGACCACCACAACGCCAAAGGCAGACUAGGGAGGAUGAAUUUGACCUAGAUCUUGAGGAUAUCAUGGUUAUGGAAGCAAUUUGGCUGUCUAUUCAGGAAAAUGGCAGGCAUCAAGAUCUAUCUUACAGUGAUGCAGUUCAGUCAGGAGAAUACAUUGUAGACAAUCGCAGCUCAUUAGCAGAAAUAGUUCCUGCUGCAGCUGGAUCAUCGUCGUCUCCCUCUGGUGGUCUUGCUUGCGCUAUCGCAGCCCUUGCUGAACGUCAGCAGGUCAGCGGAGGGACCCCUACCAGCUAUGGCGGUGACAUGUCUGGAUAUAACGUGUCUGGGAGCAGCAGGUAUUCCAACGGUGAGGGGCAGGAAUCUGAAAAUUACUUCCCCGCAGAGAGUGGCACUAUGGUAUCACCCGACAGCCAGCUGGCAAUGACCGGGGAUGCUGGAGAAUGGGCUGAUCACCGAUCUCAAAUGGCUGAAUUAGGAACUAGUUACGGAGGCUCUGAUGAAUUUGGCGAUGUUGGCAGUCCCUCUGCCCCCCAGGAAGACGAGAACCACAACAGCGUCCAACCUGUCGCAGGAUCAAUAAUCCCCGAGAGUUUCGAGGAGCAAAUGAUGCUAGCCAUGGCUGUUUCACUGGCUGAGGCUCGAGCAAGGACUAGUACUCCGGGAGUAGCUUGGCACUAGCUCGUGAGGUUAUCGUUCAUUGGGUGCGUUUUCCUCAUACCUAGAGAAAUAUCGUGGGAGCAUCUCCGUGUUUGGCUGCACAGCCGAGGACUCAAUAGGGAGAGUUUACUACGUUGAAUCCGAGCUUGAGGCCGUUGUUUUCGAUUAUCUGGCUGGAAACAGUGCCAUCUCUUGGGAGAUGGAUGGGAUUGUACAUAUAGAUUUACACACACAAGUAUAUCAGUGGUCUCUGAAUUUGUGGUUUGCUAUGGAGAUGGUGCUCAGAUUAAAUAUGUAUGGGGAAUUAAGGGAUAGUAGGUUUUCUUGUUAAAACAGGCAGAUUCUUUUAGUAUGUGAUUUUAUUUCUUUUC